AUGUCAUCUACAACACUUUCUAUAAUUCAUGCUAAUUUAGCAAUUAAAUGUUUUAACAAAUUAAUUGAAAAUGAAACAUCACAAUCUAUUAUAUAUUCACCAAUAAGUUUAGCAAUAGCUUUGUCAAUGGCUUAUUUGGGAAGUAAUGGAAAAACAAAGGAAGAAAUUAAAAGCUUUCUUGUUGGUGAAAAUAACGAUGAAGAGUUACAUCAACAUUUUAAUGAAUUUUUAAAUGAUUUGACUAAAAAUGAAGAUUCAUUGUUACAAUCUGUAAAUAAGAUUUAUGUCAAAGAAAAUUUUUCAUUGUUAGAGUCAUUUACAGAGGAUAUUAAGAAAUAUUAUGAAGGACAAUUUGAACAGGUUGAUUUUAAUUCUCCUAAUACUUGUGAUAUUAUAAAUAAUUUUGUUCAAAAAGCAACAAAUGAUAUAAUACAAAAUCUUAUUAGUCCUAGUGAUUUGAAUGACUUAACAAGAUUAAUUUUGAUUAAUGCUAUAUAUUUUAAAGGAAAAUGGUGUUUAAAAUUUGAUAAAAAUUUAACAAAAGAAGAUGACUUUUAUAUUACUCAAAAUACAACAAAAAAAGUUGACAUGAUGUUUAAGAAAGAUAAAUAUAAGUAUUAUGAAAAUGAGGAAUAUCAACUAAUACAAUUAGAGUAUGAAGGAGACAAACAAAGAAUGAUAAUUUUAUUACCAAAAGAAAGAAAUACAUUGAAAGAAAGAUUACAAACAUUAGAUGGUAAUACAUUAUUUGAUUUAAUAGAUUCAACCGAUAAGUUACCAGUACAUGUUUAUCUUCCAAAAUUUAAAGUUGAAUCAAUGCAUCAGUUAAAUGAAACAUUAUCAAAUCUUGGUAUGAAGUUACCAUUUUCUGAUUAUGCUGAUUUUUCAUUGAUGACAGAUGAGGAACCUUUACAAAUAAGUAAAAUUAUUCAAAAGGCUUUUGUUGAGGUUGAUGAAGAAGGAACAGAAGCUGCAGCAGCAACUGCAGUAAUUAUGAUGUGUCGAAGUUCACUUCCACACAAACCAACACCUAAUUAUGUUUUCAGAGCAGAUCAUCCAUUCGCCUAUUUUAUUAUGGAUAAUCAUGAAAAUAUACUUUUUACAGGAAUUUAUCAAUAA